UCCGAAAGUACCCCCCAACCCUCCUCCAUGAGUUAUGACUUUCCCAACAGUCAGCUCUGCAAAAAGCGACAUCUUAAUGCUUUCAAUGCAAUCUCCACGCGCUGUAAAAUGCGCGUGCACACAACCCGUCUCUCAUAGUGGAAGACACACAAAACUCACACAGACAGAGUCACACUCGCUGGCUCGCUGGGCUCGCUCGCACAGUCUCCAAUUCGGAGUUUUUUAUUUAUUUUAAUUUGGUCUUUCAUUGUCUUGUCGAGGUCGCGCGGUUCUAUAACCUCUUCUUUUGACUACAGCGCUCACCUCCCCUCACUGUUCCUCUGGUCGGAGUCGGAACCCCCUAAGCUCUGUCUCUGAGAAUCCGACUCUGCUGGGACUUCCAAAUUUUUUAAGGUGAUUUGUUUAACUGAGUUUAAUGGGGGAAAUUUCAAAUGAACAAACAUCAAAGAAAAGAACUUUAAGUGAAAUUGAAGUCGAGUAUGUAGAAAAAUGCUACGGAGAGCUGAAGAAUGGAAAAAAAGUGAAAAGUUCUGAAACGACUUUUGCAUGCCCUUAUUGCCCAAAGAGGAAAAAGAAGGAUUAUCUGUAUAAUGAGAUCCUGCAACAUGCAACUGGGGUGGGGAAUAGCAGUUCGGAUAAGAGAAGUGUAAAAGAAAAGGCCAAUCACUUGGCUUUGGAAAUGUAUUUGGAAAAAGAUUUAGCUCCUGCUGCUGGAGAUGGUCCAUCGAAACAGCAAGAGAAUGGUCAAUCCAAAGAUCUAUCUAAACCCAUGGAUGGUUCGAAGAAACCUGUGGAUGAGGGUGAUACUAAUAUUCAAUGUGACCAUGAUGAGAAGUUUGUAUGGCCUUGGACAGGGAUUGUGGUUAAUAUUCCGACUAGACUGGCAGAGGAUGGGCGAUAUGUUGGAGAAAGUGGAUCGAAAUUGAGAGAUGAGUUGAUAAGGAGAGGGUACAAUCCUAUACGUGUGCACCCUCUAUGGAAUUACCGAGGUCAUUCGGGAACUGCUGUUGUGGAAUUCAACAAAGGUUGGCCUGGAUUGCAUAAUGCUCUUUCGUUUGAGAGAGCUUAUAAGGCUGAUCUUCAUGGGAGGAAAGAGUGGUUGGCUGAAAGUGAAGAAAAAUCUGGUCUCUAUGGUUGGGUUGCUCGUGCUGAUGACUAUAAGUUAACCAACAUAGUCGGAGAACACCUACGGAAGAUUGGAGACCUUAGAACCAUUUCUGAGAUUAUGGAGGAAGAAGCUAGGAAGCAGGAUAAACUUGUAAUGAACCUGAAUAAUAUCAUUGAGGAAAAGAACAAGCAAAAGAUAGAGAUGGAGCAGAAAUGUAAUGAAAGUUCAACCCACAUCACCAAAUUAAUGGAAGAAAAGGACAAGCUUCUUCAGACUUAUAAUGAAGAGAUCAAAAAGAUUCAGAUGAGUGCAAGAGAUCACUUUCAGAGGAUUUUUAAUGACCAUGAAAAACUUAAGUUCCAAUUGGAAUCUCAAAAGAAGGAGCUUGAGGUGCGCGGAACAGAAUUAGAGAAGCGUGAGGCAAAGAACGAAAGUGAAUCAAAAAGGCUUGCUGAGGAAAUUGAGCAGAAUACUAUAAGAAAUAGUGCUCUUGAAUUGGCUGCUUUGGAGCAACAAAGGGCUGAUGAAAAUGUAAUGAAACUGGCUGAAGAUCAGAAGAGGCAAAAAGAGGAGCUCCACAAUAAAAUAAUUCUGCUCGAGAAGAAACUAGAUGCGAAGCAAGCGCUUGAAUUGGAAAUUGAGCAACUGAGAGGGACAUUGAAUGUUAUGAGGCACAUGGGGGAUGAUGGUGAUGAAGAAGUUCUGAAAAAGAUGGAGGCAAUUCUCAAAGAAUUGAGAGAAAAGGAAGGGGAGUUUGAAGAUUUAGAAGCUCUGAAUCAAACUCUAAUUGUCAAAGAGCGCAAGAGCAACGAUGAGCUGCAGGAAGCUCGUAAAGAAUUGAUUAAUGGUUUGAAUGAAAUAUCCAGUCGUGCCACUAUAGGUGUUAAGAGAAUGGGAGAACUUGACAGUAAACCAUUCUACGAAGCAAUGAAGAAAAAGUAUCAUGAGGAAGAAGCAGAAGAGAAAGCCUCGGAGCUGUGCUCACUAUGGGAGGAAUUUCUCAAGGACCCAGACUGGCAUCCUUUUAAAGUUACUGUAGUUGAUGGGAAAGAAAAGGGAUUUAUAAAUGAUGAAGAUGAAAAAUUGAAAGGUUUGAAGAAGGAAAUGGGCGAUGAAGUAUACAAAGCUGUGACCACUGCUUUAAUUGAGAUAAACGAAUACAAUCCAAGCGGGAGGUAUAUAACCUCAGAACUGUGGAACUAUAGUGAAGGACGAAGGGCUACUUUGAAAGAAGGAGUUGAAUUUCUUAUGAAGCAAUGGCGACUAAGAAAGGCCCGGAUGGAAAUGGCUUGAAGGUUGGUAGUUCCUUUUUGCUAAAAAAUGUACUGAAGUCCUUGGAAACUUGAGGACUUGCAAUAAGAUUGAAGGAGUAGCCACAUUGUUCAACGGUGAUGUAUCUUUUAGAGCAUUCGUAUUUAUGUUUCUGUACGUUAUUGAGAUUCAUAAUGUCAUGGGGAUUUCUAUCUCUGAAAACUAAGGAGCUUUGUUGGGAAAAUGCGCGGCUGGGAAACAUUUUAGAAUAUGUACUUAUCCAUGUAGAAAUAUUUUUAAUAAUCCUUUUCUUAAAUUUUCAGAUUACAAAACUUUGGGUCAAUCAAA